AUGGACCCUCAGCUCGAACGGUUUGCCGACACGCUUGCUCUCGCCGGCAUUGACAUCACACAGCCGUUCGACGUGCGAUGGUACAACGCGCACGCGAUCGAACAUUCCCUGCCGCUGAGCCCGCUGCCGACCUUUGAGCGGCCACCGUCAGACGGCACGCUCGCAGUGCUGCUCGGCAAUAGCACGGCGCUUUGGUCCGCCUUUUUGCGCUGGCUCGCCGCGCAGCCGGACCCCGAGAGCGUCACAGACCCGCUCGACACGUACACAGCGUCGGUCAUAUCCGCCGCAGUCGCCGAUCUGACGGGCGGAGCACGCCACGACAUCUUCUGGGUGACCGACUCGUCGCGGCUCGUCUCGAUGCAGCGCGUUGCGCUGGUGAGUGGCCUCUGCUACCAUGACGCCGAGACGCAGCUCUCGAUCCACCCGGCCUUCGGCGCGUGGGUCGCCUUCCGGGCCGUCGUCGUGCUCGACGCGCCGGCCGCGCGAUUCGGCGAUUCUCCGCCGCCGCUCGCCAAGGGGAUGGAGCGCGACGUACGGCUCGCAUGGGCCGCGCUGCGCGAUUGCGUGACGGUUGGGCGCGAUCACCGGUACAGCGAGGCGCAGCUCGUGUACCACUACACAAAAGACAGGGAGGUGCUGAUGCAUGCGAUGCGCGCGCAGCCAGCGGCGACAUGACAGUGGCAUGAGUGAGUGUCUCUGAGACCGUCGGAGCAGGCCACUGCGCGUGUACCGCAGAAUCGGCACAUUCCCGCCCGCCCGGGUCAUGCGUCAACACUCUACGUAGUCUCUACUGCUCCCCCGAGACUCCGAGACCUGUCCCACAGCCUGUCGUGUGUCUCGAGUCUGAGACCCCUCUCCGCGCCUAUCUGCUGCUCUCGCAAAAAAAUUCUUAGCUUUAAAAACUUAAA